GCAGACAACUUUUCAGCGAAAAUAAUGAAUUAAUUCCCUGCGGAUGAGAGCUCGUUUCUGGCUUUUAAACAUUGUUUCUCGAUGUUUUAGACUCAGAUAAAUCUUGACGAGAUCGUUAUGCCAUCUCUUGAGAACUAUAUUCAAAAGAUUCAUAAAAAAUUGAACAAUGAGGGACUCGAAGAACGAAAGAUCAAAAAAUAUCUUGAAGAACUUGAUCGUCUACAAAUCACUCUGGAUGUUUUGAAAUCAACCGGGAUUGGAAGGGCUGUGAAUCGUCUCCGAAAAAGAGGCAAUGACAUUGGGGAUAUAGCUUCCUCUCUUGUGUCAAAAUGGAAAGAUCUCUUGAAACAAGAUAAGGACACUAGCAUUUCACCACCUGAUGUUGAUGAUAAAGAUUUACUUACUCCAAGAGGUCCUGCAGCAACUGAAUCAGAGGUGGAUCUUCUUAACAACAAACAUCACAGGUCCAGUCACAAAAGUGGAGAAAUUAACUCAAAGACACGGCCAACACUGCAACUUUGUGAUGUGUCAUUUGGAUGUGAACCUGUUAAUGUGAAACCAAAGAAAAGACCUUUAUCGUCAGUUGGUACAGCAACAAAAUCGUCGUCACGUGACAUAAGAACAGAUGAACUGGAUCUUCCACCUCUGCCAUCAUCAUCUUCAGUCAACAACGCUCUGUUGCCAGACAUCCAACCAAGUUAUAAACCAAUAAGACUACCUGAGUUCCCAGAUGGUUCACCUAAAAAGCAUAGAGGUUUAGUCACUGGUGUGGUUGAUGAGCAUGCACUCAUGUCCAGAAAAUCCCGCACUCAAGUAUUCUCUGGACGAAAAGUGGCAACUACGGUCACAACUCUCAGUGACACUGGUGGAGUACCUUAUGAUAUUAUUCACCCUGUUCUUGAAAGGUGCACUCCUCAGCAACUCUUGCAUUUGGAAGAUUGUAACCCUUACUUCAUUGAUGAUACUGACCUACUUUGGGAGAGGCAAUGCAGCAGAGAAUUCAAAGGAACAAAACCAAAAACAGGGCAGACCUGGAGGGAACUGUACAUGCAAAAUGAAAGUGAAAGAGAAAUGAGGCUAAAAAGAAUACAUGCUAAAAUAAGUGCCAAUCAAGCAGCAAAAACUCCUGAACGGCAGAUCAAACUUGCCUAUGUUGAAUCAGAAGCCAAGCCUCCUCGUGAUGUCCUAAGAAAGCAGGCUAGAUUUGGGACUGGCUCAGGAAAUCAUGCUGGCAAACAAAUGGCCUCUCCCAUAGCAAGGGCUCCACAGGGUCACCAAAGAAACCACAGUGCUUCACCAGCCAAAAAGCAUACAUUACCAGCACCGAUGAUGAAAAAGACUAUGAAACUCUUGAAAAACCAGAGGAGCAGAGCAGCAACAAGCAUUAAGCGGAGAUGAGCAUAAUAUUGCCAAGAAAUAUUCAAAGAGGCAGCAUCCAUACUUGGGCUUUAACUGCAUUUGAGAAAAAAAUUAAUGGUUGAUUUACUGGCAGGUCAUUUGAAAUCUGAUCAUGAAAUCAGUGGAUUAGUUCCAUACGUAAUUUUUAAGGGGUGAGAUGAAAAAUAAUUAAGAAGGGAUUUAAAACAUGUAACUUUUCCCCCAUAACAUCCAUACAAUAUCCUACAAAUAGGCUCUGAGAAUACUCAAACUUACCAGCUGGAAGGUGUUAUCUUGAUCUAACACCAAAUUCUCAAAACUAAUUCACAAGAAAUGUGUAGGAACUUGAGGGGAGAAUUGAUUACCAGAUCUUUAGAGCUAGAAGGUUGAGGCAAAUUAUUAUGACAUUGUAUAUAAUUUAGGUAGGUUAGGAAUAUAUUGAGUGGAUGCAAAUUUCAAAUUUCUCUCUUAAGUAAAAUAUUUAUUGUUUGCAAUUUUUUGUGUAGGGUGAGCAAUAUUAUUUUCUAUUACCUCCAUGUUGCUUGGAAAAAGUCAGGCAAAGGAAGGAAAAAAUUAUUAGGAAGAAAGUAUUGGGCAACUUGAAAUAUCUAAUUCUGUCAUCAAAGUAGGUGUGAAACACAUAUAGAAUAAUGAUCCAAAUUUUUAAUUUAUAAGAAAUGGAUUGUAAAUUCUUGAUAUGAAUUAAAAAAAAAUCACAAUAGUUUCAUACCAACUCUUGAAGACAUUGGAAAAAAAAUUCAAUUGUGAAUUGCAUGUCAUUAGACCUAGGUGUGAUGCAAAAUGAUUUGCCAAGGAGUUUGAAAUGAAUAAGAAUGUUAUGGAAGGUUUAAAAUUUUUCCUUCAAAUACCUCAAGAAAGAACAAUAGUUUAACAAGCAUUGCUCUAAGCAAGUAGUUAGUGUAAGCUUUUUAUGAAAUUGCAAUGAAUUGUUUUUACUUUGCGAAACCGCCAAAAGGAAUUUAGUAUUAAACAAAAAAAAAACCCUGGUCUAUAGUA